UGCAUCCCCCAGCGGUGGCAGCCGCUGACUGCGUUUCACCGUUUGCAGGUACGCUGCCGAAAAUGCUGAUAGGAAGGUAGGUUGAAGGGAUUGGGGGGCUCACUGUGGAACACCCUUUCCCUUGUAUCAUCACAGCCACCAGUACUAAUUGCACAGCACUCUCCCUGCCCUCCGCUCACCUAGAAGGGAAUUGCGUUUGCAAGUAGACUGUUGUUUUGUUUGUUUGUUUUGUAGGUAACUGUACUACGUCAGAUGUUUAAAAAUCUUUAAGGAUGUGCUAGCAAGACGAUAGCCCGUAAGGGGCUAUCGGAGGGCUUAUUAGACCUGGAACAUGUUUCCCCACUUCAGGAAGAGCACUUUGGGCUCAGUGUGGUCCGUGAGCGCUCGGUUAGGCACAGGCCCUGGGAACAAGAAAGUUCAAGUUCAUGCUCCCACCAGGGGCUUGUUGUGGGGAUGGUGGAGGGCCGUGAUGCAGCCUCCCCGAAGCUGGUGAACCUUCUGGUCACGGCCCGGAGCAGAGACACCAUGGGAGACAGCCGGCAUGUUUGUUUGAUGGGACACACAUCCCCAAGAAAGGAGACUCCAGGCCCACGCGGAGGACCCAGGAGGUGGGUCUGGGGAGCUGCUAUCCCUUUGAGGCUGGGAGCACCACAGAGGCAUUCCACCAAGCAGACAGGGUAUCCUCCGCACACGAACCUUUUUACUGCAGAAGACGGAAAAGACAUCCCUCUCUUUCCCACCAGAGAUGUCGGCGAAAGGACAGGAGUUCUGUGUCUCUCCUUGCUCUGCUCCAACUCCCAGAACAGGGGCUGGCGCUUCUCGGGGACUCGAUUGAUCGCUGCACUAAGGUCUCUCCCAGCUCCUCACACGCAGAGCGCUUUGGAACUACCCCCUCUCUGUCCUGCCCAUGGUUUUGGCCUCUGCAUAUCACACUCUCAAUUCUGCUUCCAUCUCUCCCCAAGGAGGGGGACAGCGGGUCUACUCUGAGACGGGGGAGGCCGUAUUUCUCUCCUGUCUUCUGAUACAUCAGGAUCAUCAAGAUAUUUCCCCUCUCCCAUUAGAAGAGGCUGGCAUUUACCCUCUUGCCUCUGGCUGUCCCUUGAAUCUUCCUGUUCUUUUUAACAAGUGGAAUCAGACCAGUCCUCUUAAAAAAAGUCUCUGCAGCCCACGUCUUUUCUCAGAAGGCCACCAAAAGCGUCCACAGAGGCCACUACUCUGUCAAGGGGCUACCUGGGCUGGGGUUUACCUCUCAGGCAUUAAGUUGGGGGAAUUUUGUUUUGGGGGGUGGCUAGAGGAAGAAGGCAGAGACGAGCUGGAGAUGGCUGCUGCCCCAGGGCAGACUGGAAUCCUUCACUCCUCUUUCUCCAUCUUUAUCGUGGGUACCAGUGGGCCCCCGGAGCCCUCAGAGAAGCCCAGAGGAGCUCAGAAAGGCUGCAGAGGGUGGGAGGUUCCCCCAGACAGCCACGAGAUGUCCAGUCGCUCCAAGUCACCCGGCUCUGCCAGCCAAGGACCCACCAGCCUCCCGUUUCGACAGUGGGGGGACCUACCCACCCCAUGCAGACUCCGGAUGGUUCACAGCUGAUGGAACUUUCACCUUGUUCACCCAUACUCUUCCAGGAGUCUCUGACCUGCUCCGCUCUGCCCACCUGUGGUUAUGACGGAGCCUGACUCAUUUCAGCUGCACCUCUUAUGAGCCUGUGCGGGGACACUGGAACCAGCACACCCGGACUGGGGGACGAUUCCGUACCCACCCUGCCACAUCCUUCAGAAUUUUAGAGGCUUCCUAGUGGCAGCUACUCCCCAGGAAGGACACUGAGCGCACAGGCCACCCAUCUUCCUAGCAAGGCACACAAGGCCCCAUCGGUCACUCACCUCUGGGCCGCUGUCCCCACCCCACCCAGGCCCAUACGCUUGUUCCAUCUGCCUGUUAAAACCAGGGCUCUUGCCAAAAAUAAACGCUGUCAUCAUCUUAGAAAACA